GAACGACUUCAUACAAAACUUUGUUUUUAGUUCAUGAAAAUGGAAGAUGUACAGUACAGGAAUAACGCUAAUAUUAGCAAAUUUAUCAAGACAAAUAACAUUACUGAAGAUUACAAUAUUUCAAAUACAGUUUUAGGUUUAGGAAUUAAUGGGAAGGUUGUGCAGUGUUAUAGGAAACAGACAGGAGAAUUGUUUGCCCUGAAGGUUCUCCAAGACUCCUUGAAAGCUCGACGUGAAGUAGAACUUCACUGGAGAGUCAGUGGAUUCAAGCAUAUUGUUGGAAUAAUUGAUGUUUAUAAAAAUACGUACACAAAUAAUAAAUGUCUCUUAGUGGUUAUGGAAUGUAUGCAAGGUGGAGAAUUGUUUCAAAGAAUACAAGAGAGACAGUCUGGUGCCUUUACUGAAAGAGAAGCUGCCCAAAUCAUGCAGGAAAUUUGUUCAGCAGUGAAAUACUUGCAUGACAAGAACAUUGCUCAUCGAGAUCUUAAACCAGAAAAUCUUUUAUAUUCCACACCAGACGAAAAUGGAAUUUUAAAAUUAACUGAUUUUGGAUUUGCUAAAGAAGUGUUUACUAAUGAUAAACUUGAAACACCUUGUUACACUCCAUAUUAUGUUGCUCCAGAAGUCCUUGGACCUGAGAAAUAUGACAAAAGCUGUGAUAUAUGGUCUUUAGGUGUUAUUAUGUACAUUCUGUUAUGUGGUUACCCACCUUUUUUUAGUAAUCAUGGACAGGCUAUUUCACCAGGAAUGAAGAAAAGGAUCAGAACUGGACAAUUUGACUUUCCAAAACCUGAAUGGAAUAAUGUAUCCAAAGAAGCUAAGGACUUAAUACGUAAAAUGUUAUGUGUUGACCCAGCUUCCCGUCUUGAUAUAAAUGAAGUCAUGUCAAACACUUGGAUUGCUCAAUACACUGAAGUACCUGAAACACCUCUAUAUACUGGUCAAAUGCUUAAAGAAGGUGAAGAUGUUUGGCCAGAAGUUCAAGAAGAAAUGAUGAGAUCCCUUGCUACAAUGAGAGUGGAUUAUGACCAAGUACAUAUAAAAUCACUAAAAAAUUCCAGUAAUCCUCUUCUUGAUAAAAGGCGGAAACGAACUCAAGAUUCGGUGAAAUAAAAAGCAAAUAUUUAAAGUUUUUAUUGUGCACACCAAAUUCUGCAAAUUGAGUAGCUGGGCUAAACAGAAUCUAAAUGAAUUAGUUUAGCUUCAUAUUGAAUAUAUAUACAUUCUAUAUAUAUUCUCCAUAUAGAUAAAGUUUGGUAUACUUACAUUUUCAUUGUUUAUUUAGUUAAAAAAAAUAAUGGAUUUUAGUCACUUUAUAUACAUCAGUUGUGCUAUGAAUUAGUUGAAUUUUAUAGUUAUUUUUUCAGUAUUUCUAUUUCUUUAAUGAGUACCAUUAUGCACAAAGUUAUCAAUAUAAUAUGACUAUUGUGCUUCGUUAUAAUAACCUAAUACCUACUAGAUAAUUCUCAUUGAGAAAAGUAAUUCUAUUUCGUUAUUUGUAUAAAUUCAGCCAGUUGCUUGUUUUUAAUAUUUUUGAAAAAGGAACAUUUUAAUUGGAUGUUUAGGAUAUUGUGAAUAUCUAAACUUACAACUAAUUACUAGUCUUCUAUUUCAUAGUAAGCAAAAUUUAGGUAUGAACAGUACAUGCUAUCAUGUUCAGUCAUAAAAUUUUCAAUUUAGUUAUUCUUAUUAAACUUAGAGUUAAGUAUUGUUACUAUGAAAUGUUCACAUUAAAUGGAUAUAGUAAGUAAUGACAUUUCCAGUUAUUAAAAUUUUAAAUUUUGUUUUAACAUUAAACUUAUUGCUGAGUAAUGUAUAAUACUAAAAAUUUAGCUCUGGUAAGGAUAGUUUUGCUAAAAUUGUUAGCAACUGAAUUUUCAUAUUUCAUUUUCCCUCCCAUUUCUACUUAUGGCUGAGUUAGUUUAUGUUAUUAUUAUUAUUUUGUGUUACAACAUAUGUCAGUUCCUGGCAUUCUUGAUUAAUCUUUGUUUUGGACAACCUCUUUUCAAUGUCUAACAAGUAAAGGAGUUUUGGUAUCAGAUACCACCCUCCCAUCCACCUGCAAUGCAUUUUCAGAUCUCCAACUCUCCUAGUUGCACUAGCUCCAUAUUUUCUUUGGAACAUCUACUUCUUCCAUUCUCAUCUAAUGAUCUGCCCAGCUUAGUCUUCCUUGUUUAAUGAGUUACAUUAGUAUCAGUAAAAAGUUGAUAGGGCUGCCUAUUCUUUCUGUUUCUCUAAAACGUUCCAUUCUUUACAAGGCUGAAUAUUUUGCACAGAACUUUUUUCCUGAGGCUAAGGAGUUAUUUUCCAUCAAUUUUCGAUUGAGUCGAGGUAUCUGCAUGCAGAGGUAUGCUAGGGCAUACCUUAGAGUUAUAAA